CAAUCAAAUGUACGAUGGCUGCGCAUAUAAGAGGUUUGCCUGUCUCUCGUGAUAAACUUCAAGCCGACAUACAUUAUAUGCCGUGUAAAAUACAUUCUGACGGAGAAGCUAAAGUGUCUAGUUAUUUCAAACCAUACAUUAUUAAAGGCGAAGAUGGAGUGCUGCAGGCUUCGUUCAGAGGGUACCCCCUGAACGGGUGCAUGGUCGCCAUGCCGAAAGGCUACAGAGGAAUCGUGCUGAAGGAGUCGUUGAAACAUGAGACAGAUGGCGUUGAAAGGAACAUCCAUGUGACAUACGAGUUUGACUCUGUGACUUUCUGGAAUUGGGAUCGAACGCCAUCCAGGAACGAUGCAUUCAUCGCAGCCUUUGAUUGGGUUGAUGUGUCGGAAGCUCUCCACACUCCACUGGAAGACAAGUGACAUUGCCAAUAGUGGAACAUUAUGCAAGAUAAACCAAAGCAACAAAGGCAUUCCCGGAUGCUAUUUUGAAUUUUACUGGAGUGAGAUUCACGAGACAGAAGAGAGACAGUGUUCUGUCACUUUAUAAUAUGUGCCUUCCAACGUCUCAAUGUUGUACAAGCAUUUGUAACGUGUAUCAUAUAAUCAAUACGAGGUAAAUAUUUUCAGUAACUUAAAUAAUAAUUUUUUGCCUUAUUUUUUUACUGUGAAAAAUAGUAUGGGAUAACAUUUCACGAUAACAGGCCAAAAAUAAGGCUGGAUGAUUCCAAAUCUUAAGCUGACCAGUUAUUUAUGUACGUUGUGAAAAUUAAUGUCUGUUAUGAUAUCACCAUCUUUGACUAGUAAUGGUGAGAACUGAGUGUAACUCUCAACCUGUAGACAGAAUAUUUGCAGAUUGCUGGACAUAAAUUUAAUGGGUGGGGAGAAUCCAAAAAAAAAAAAAAAAA